AUGCGUAGAAAAGAUCGAAUCCGGCGCAAAAUACUGGCGGCAGAGGAGAGACGCCGAUUCUUCGAUGGAGUACCUUCUGACUCUGAUGCUGAUGCUUCCGAAGAGGAAACCACGUGGGUGUUACCAGAGUUCAAGGUCAAGCCUAUGAAAAGAGUUGAUGUUGAACUUGAAGCAGAAGAAAACUCGGAUUCGGACGAUCCUUAUACCCAUCCAGACUUCAUCAAUGGUCUUGAUAGUGAUUCCGACGAAGAGGAGGAUUCCGAGAAGGACAAUGAUGAUGAAUCUGACAGCUCAGAUGAAUCUGACGAAUAG